AUGAUGGUGAGCGAGGAGAGGGAGCGUUUCCAGCUCUCCUCCGCUUCCCUGAAUGGGCGGCGACGCUCAAAACUGCUCUUUCCUUGCCUGACGGAGCGAGUCUGCCUCCGUGCUGCUCCGUACCGUCCCCCAGCGCGUCCCAGCGCCUGGUUUUUGGCAGGAUUGCAGGAUUGCAUCCUCACCCGCCGGCUGUAUCCCCGUGCGCCGCCCUCGGUGUCGGCCGCGGUUUUCCCCGCUGCCCUCGCGGUGUCUGGCGCAGAGGGCCAGCGUCUGUCUGGAAGCGUCAUCCUGACGGACGAGGAGGUUCAGCGGAAGCGCGAGAUGAUCCUGAAGCGCAAGGAGGAGGAAGCGCUGAAGGAGAGCCUGAAGCCCAAACUCUCGGAGGAGCAGCAGAAAGUCAUCGACAUCCUCCUGGAGGCUCAUCGCAAAACCUACGACCCCACCUACGCUGACUUCACCAAGUUUCGGCCUCCAGUGAGGAGCAAACCCAGCAACAGGGGAGCAGCCAGGUCCUCCUCCAUCCUCACCCAGGACUUGUCGUCGGAGGAUUCCACCGACCUCUUCGGCUCCGACGCCUUCGGCACCUUUCCAGAGCCCGUGGAGCCCCAGGUGUUUCCCAGCCUGGAUCUCUCCGAGGAGCCCGACGAGAGCUCCUCCGUCAACCUCGACCUCUCCCACCUCUCCAUGCUCCCGCACUUGGCCGACCUGGUCAGCUACAGCAUCCAGAAGGUGAUCGGCUUCGCCAAAAUGAUCCCGGGGUUCAGGGAGCUGGCAGCAGAGGACCAGAUCGCCCUCCUGAAAUCCAGCGCCAUCGAGGUGAUCAUGCUGCGCUCCAACCAGUCCUUCACCCUGGAGGACAUGACCUGGACCUGCGGCAGCAACGACUUCAAGUAUCGCGUCAGCGACGUCACCCAGG